AUAUUUGUACAUUGUUUGUAUUAAUGUUAGCCAUGCCAUUUCGCAAAGUUCCGGUGUUGGAAAUCGACGGUAAAAAAUUGAAUCAAUCCAUGGCCAUCAGUCGUUAUUUGGCCAAAAAAGCUGGUUUAGCCGGUGCUGAUGAAUGGGAAUCGUUAUUGAUCGACAUCGCUGUUGAUAACUUUAAUGAUUUACGACUAGCUAUUGUGGCAUAUGCCUUUGAUUCAAACGAAGAAUCUAAAGCUGCGAAGUACGGUCCUUUGAUAAAUGAAACUCUUCCACUUUAUUUGAAUAAAUUUGAAAGCACUGUUGCUGAAAACAAAGGAUACUUCGUAAAUGGAAAGCUGUCUUGGGCUGAUAUACUGUUUGUGGCUUUAUCCGACAUCUUUAAUGUGAUGCUUAAAGUUGAUAUGUUGGAAGGUCGUCCAAAUUUACAAGGACUCAAAAAAACCGUAUUGGAAGUACCUCAAAUCAAAUCAUGGAUCAAAAAACGACCUGUCUCGCCAAUGUAAUCAUAAUUAAACCAUCAAUCCAAAAUUUGCAAUACGAAAUAAAAUAGAUUUUAAACAAUUUA